CUUGCCUGGCCUGGGCAGCUGCAAAGAUGUGGGUGGGGGGGCCGAGUCUCAUCUUUUUUCACCAGAAUGGAUGUCUUGGUAAGGUCGGGUCCCAAGGAUGCAUUUCCAAUCCCACCCCCAAUGCUGGGCCGGGUAAUCUACAAGACUAAAGGCCUUCCCCCGUGCUCCUCCUCCUCUUCAGACACCUUCUCCCUCCUCACCCCGUUCACCCAACGCGCCAUCAUUGCGUCUCCGUGACGACACCAACUUCCGCUCUCGCCACCCCACGACUCCUCCUCCUCUACCUCCACCACCACUCUUCACCCACCUCCCCCCUCCCCAUCUCCCCCCCAAAAUGCUCUCCAUUCACGCCCAAACCGCGGAGCCCCUUCCCCAAUACAUCGCCCGCAAAACCCAGAAAUUCCUGCACCCCCACCUCCCCUCCGUCAAACGCACCAUCUACGAAGCAGGCCGCACCACCCGCUCCACCGCAAACAGCACCGCGCCCUUCUUCCGCCUCCCCACCGAGCUCCGCAACGCAAUCUACCUGCAACUCCUGCCCAGAAACCGCGAAGUGAAGCGCUCCCGGCACCCGCGCGCCCAGCCCCGCCUGCCCGCCCUGCUACAAGUCUGCCAGCAAAUGCGCGCCGAAACGUACCCCAUCUUCUUCGCGGCCAACAGCGUCUUCAUGACGCUGCAGCACCUCACCCAACACCCCCGCAGUCCUCUCCUCAUGCGCUCGACCCUCAACCUCCUCCCCGACAAGCCCGGCACAGACCUGUGGCGCAGCGUGCGCAUAGAGUGCUCCUCCCGCUGCUUCCACGCCGACGGCUUCGCCGUCCUCUCCAAUAUCGACAUUUUCAUUGAUCGCGCGGCGCAGACUAUUCGCUGUCAGCCGCGCGCUGCUGCGCACUACUUGCGUCCCUGCUGUCAGCGCGCGCAGAAGGAGUUUGGCGCGAAGUUGUUGAAGGAGUUGCAGGCGAGGGAGUUCCAUAUUGGGCGGAAACGGUUGCGGAAGGAGGAUUUUGUGCGGUUGGCCAAACGCAUGGACGAGAGUAGGGGCGAUUGGCCCAAGAGUGGGAAGAGGGUGAUUCCCCAGCGAUUCGUACGGUUAUGAUGGUGAUGAUGACGGUGGAGUGACGAGCAACGCAUGGUUUAUGACAUUUACCUCGAAACGAUAGAAUACAAGGCAGGAAACGGGCGGAACAAAAGUAUCCAGCAUUUCAAGGAGCACGAGAGAAAGAAAAGAGAGCCGGAUUUUAUGCACUUCAUCAGAGUUAUAAAACGGGAGAGAAAAGGAACGCCUCGCUGGCCCCAAACCAAUAACCACAAAUACUUCCAACUCGCCAACCUUCUAACGCCCUGCCGUGAAAAUCGUACACACACACACACACACACACACACACACACA